AUGCAAUCAAUGCGAACCCCGCUGGGAAGAAUCGAUACUCGUCUGGCCAUGACUGACUCUGCAGAGGUUGACUUCCACUCGCCUUCUUUUGCUUCCGUGGUGCCCUUUGAUGGCCCGCACUAUGGCGGUGAUGGUGAGAUGGAAGAGAUGGAUCUCGGUGUUCACGGCAGGCUUCUUGAAGUUCGGUCUACGCUCGACGAUUCCGAGACUUUCCCUUUUCGAGAAUCCGCAAAGCAAUAUCCUCCACUUGAACUGGAUGUCGAAAUGGACAAAUACCACUCUCUGGAUGACUUCACUGAGCCUUUGAAUCCACAGAACACGCCGGUAUCACGCAGUGCCCCCGCGUCACGUAACGGUUGCGAAAGUCUCCAAGACGCAUGUCGGCACAAGAAUCGCGACAAUUUGCGUACCAGCUCAGCCCCCCAGAUCCAAACCAUGUAUCUUGACUGGCGCCCACCUGGAAGUUCCCUUCACUUACUCGACGGCGACGAUGCUCUCGUUACCCGACCCCAAACUUCCAUUUCGCCGAUUCCCCGGCCCAAGAAAAUGGACGAAGCUUCUACGUCUCACCCUAGGAAGGAAAUCGAUACUGUCAUCUUAUCCGCAAGAUGUGUUCGCUUCACCCCGCCCCCAGAUUCUCCGCCGCGCCAUCCACCGCGCCCAAAGCACCUUCCUGUUCCGUCAGUGGAGCGAAAGCAAGACUACAUCGCUUCUUUCCGGCAGAAAAAACAGUUUGAAAAGUGGCGAAGCGCUACUCAUGUUAAGGCCCAGCGUACGUCUCCAUACCGCAGCCCCAAAAAAGCAACGCAGAUCCCGUACAACCCUAUGAACUUGCAGCCGGAAAUUCGAUUUUCAUCACUCUCUCAAUCCCCUUUUCAUCGACAUGAUGAAGCCGGGUCUUCGAACACACCUCGGCCCAAAAGUCUCGCAGAGAGUCAUACUCGGGAGGCAGGUAUUUUAACAGUUGACCCGGGGCUGACUCCUUCCGUGGCACCUCGGCACCAACUUUUCGACCUAGUCGCCGUAUCGCUUUCUCUGCAUCGUGUUCACAACUCCAUCCAAUUCUCUGGUGCCGGACUUCGAGCAAUGAAUCUUCAGCUGACCUAUACUAUCCGGCCAAUGAGUACCUGGCUUCAAGAAGAGAAUCCGCGGAGUGCUGUGUGUAACACCGCUGUCAAUGACUUGAUUCUACACACAUUCUUUGUUGUUCCCUCCUUCCUUUUGCGUGUCCCUCUUUCCAUGCUCCAUGCUAUCAAUCAAUUUGCCCAUACACGCCCCGGCCUUGCCUUGCUUUUCAUCUUGCACCUAUUCUGGUCCUUGGCGGUUGAGCUUAUUAUCCCGCUUCUAUCCAAGCUAGGUAUGGAGAUCAUCCUGUUCUCGGACCACCGAACUCACCACUAA